UCCCCGUGGCAUCCUCCGGACCCUUCCUAGGCCUGCGCCUGGUCACGAGAGGCCGCCAGCCCCGCGUGGACUUCGUGGGCGAAAGCACCUCUUUCCGUCUGGGACCUUGUGGUGCCUACUUCCGCUGCCAGAAUGGCAGGUGCAUCCCCUCAAGCCUCGUGUGUGACCCCUGGGGCAUGGACAACUGUGGCGACGGCAGUGACCAGGGCUCCUGGUCACCAGCUGACUGCAGAGGUCCCUCUCCGGUGGCCAGCGAGACAGGAAGUACAGACCACCACACCUCCAGCUCUCCGACUCCCUCUCCAGCUCUUGGGUCCGCAGGAUCCCUCCGGAUUGCAGCUGAGAGGAGUCCCCCAGCAGGCAGGGACCCCACGAGACAGGACGCAGCUUUGGAAGACUCCACUGAGUGAAGCCCUCAUCAAAGACACGGGAGGCCCCUGGCGGGGAUAGCACCGUUUAUUAAGAAAAAAUCAAGACAAAGACCACAGGAGGGUCCCUUCUAGGACACAGAGGCCAGGCGUCCCAACCCCACAGUCUGGGAGCCACUGGCAGGAUGGCACUCGAGCUGGAGCUUCAGGCUCCCGCAGAUGGGGCAGGGUGGUCGGGGGUCCUAUCCCCCUCCUCUCUCUCCCAGUUGUGAGUUCUGCUUUCCCCCACCCAAGGCACUAGCUCUUCCUGGGCACCAGCGGCAUCUGAGGAGUCCCUGGGCCUUCACUUCCAGAUGAGUGGGGAUGUGGCCUGGGGUGGGCAAGGCCCGGUGGGCGGGGCCUUCUCAGUGCUGGGCUCUGCCUGUAGCAGCUCCUGGUAAGAGUUGGGGUGGGUUUUCCCUUACAGCCCCUGAGGGAGGAACCCUGGGCUGUGUGCUGGCAGAAGGGGGUGGGAAUGCAGGCCAGGAGGAGGGCGUGGUAGGAAGGGGACGCUGCCAGAGGAGGUGCCAGGGGCUGGGUGGAGGUGGGUGGGGGUGCCGAAAAACGAGCUGGUGGGGAUGGGGACCGCCUGCCCAGCGGUGAGCUGCCUUUUGCUCCACAGCCGGCACUAAAGACAAUUCCCAAUCCUGAGUGGGUGGCAGAGGUUCCUGCGAUGCCCGUCUCAGGUAGCUGUGGGGCACCAGCCUACAAGCCGAGGUUGGCUCUCCUAGGAGUGAGAACUGCCCAAGGGCUACAGAAACAGGCCACCCAGCUCUAUCUUGGGGGCUCCAUUGGUGGGUAGGGGGAGAGUGGGGGCAGUUCUGGGCCCACCCAGCCACCGUUCCUGACCCCAAGUCCUGGUGGCUUUCUGAGGCGCCUACUCCCAUCAAACCUGCCUUGCCCGCCAGCCUUGUGGCUUUGCCCAGCUGUGUGGGUGGGGGUCGCGUGCCCACCUCCAGUCCAGCCCAGGGCGGUAGCAGCAAAGCGUGGCAUCGCCUCAGUUUCUUACAAAAA